UUCGGUUAAGAAAAUGGAAUUAGACUUCCACUCACAUAACUGGUUAUCUCCGCGGAAGAAAUAGGAGGUCUAGUUAACCAGUUAUCAGACUUGGUUGUCUGGGUGGAACAAAGGUUUCGUGCUUCGAAUUUGACAGGUAAACGGCGCUGUACAGCUCUAUAUAUUUUGCGGUAACUCUGAUUAAUCGAUAAUCAAAAGUUGACGUUUGACAAUUUAGUGACCGCAAAACAUAAGGCACACAGCGCCAUCUGUUUUUGAUGUCGAACUAAGGGGCACGUUGUUUUCUUAGACAUUACCUCUUUAUUACAAUUAAUUCUCUUUGCCGGCAGGAACACAGCACUAUACUAUGAGUAGGGUCUAGUGUUAUUUGGCUGCGGUUUUCUAUAAGGUUGAGGUACUUCUCCAGUUGGGCUCUGCUCUAGAUCUGGAAUGACAUCCGCUGUGCUGUGCCCUACCACACAAAGCGAGAUGACAUUCGCAAUGCCCAUACCUCUCUUUUGAACGUAGUUUAAGGAUAUACUCGGGUCCAACUUUUAAUAAUUAAUAUUGUGUUCCUGUUUAAUCAUUAAUUUCAUUCUUACCUGCUAAAUUUCGAGACAUCCAAGCAUUCUACGUUGGUUCUCUAUAAAUCGCUCUAUAAUCAGUUUAUCAAAUUUUUAUCUUAUCAUCCAUACUGGGGCAAGACAAAGAAUCUACCGUCAGUACUCAACUUACGUGUCACGAAGCAUGUCUCUCGCUCUUAGAUAAGGAUAAAAGCAUAAUCAACAAAAAUGGAGGGCAAACUCUUCGCCGCCACAAUCGCUACAGUAGCCCCCCAAUUCAAGUUCAAAGCCAAACCAAUAAUAGAAAACAUUGUCUUCAAACUCCACUAUAAGGCCACCGUGACCCUGCUGGUGGUGUUUGUGAUCCUGGUGUGCGCGAGGGAGUUCUUCGGGGACCACAUCAAGUGCAUAUCGGACCAGGGCGUGCCGGACCAUGUUAUACAGACGUAUUGCUUCUUCAUGGCGACCUUUACCAUCGUCCGCCAUUACAACGAAAGCCUGCUACAGUCAGGGUUCCUGCCGCACCCCGGCGUGGGCCCCCUCAGCGGCGACGACGAGACCCUCCACCACACGUACUACCAGUGGGUCCCGUUCGUGCUUUUCCUGCAAUCUAUAGCCUUCUACAUGCCGCAUUAUAUUUGGAAGAAGAAGGAAGGUGGCAGGAUCAAAGCUUUAGUAGACGGGCUCCAGUACGCCAGCAUCGCGAUUCAAGAUGGCGAUGAUAUCACCGUCAAGGGCAACACCGUGCCGUCGCAGAAAAGUCUGGACAAGAAACUUGAUAUCAUCAGGAAGGAUAUCAUUAUGAGGUUAAGAAUAACCAGAACCUGGUCGGUCUGGCUGGUCGCCAUGGAGAUAGUAAACAUGUUGCAAGUAAUCCUGCAGGUGUACGUCGUCAACUGCUUUCUGAACGGCCAGUUCCUGGACCUCGGGCCCAAGGUCGUGGGGUUCGGGAACUGGGACUUCAUCGCUGAUCCAUUGGAGACUGUAUUUCCUAAGGUAACAAAGUGUAUUUUCCACAAAUACGGUCCGAGCGGCUCUAUACAGCAACACGACGCCCUCUGCGUUAUGGCGCUGAACAUCAUACACGAGAAGAUCUACGUCAUACUGUGGUUCUGGUUCCUGUUCCUGUUCAUCGUGUCUACGCUAGCUGUGAUUUGGCGAAUUGGUUCCUUCUUCCUCUAUCGUCGUUCUCUGAGGUUCAACGAGCUGAUGUUCCGUCAAGUAACUGGCGGCAAAUUUAACCCUUAUAACGUGAUCAGUGUGGUCAACGGGUGCCAGUAUGGGGACUGGCUGUUCCUCUAUUAUUUGGCGAAGAAUAUGCAGGGCUUUGUGUUCAGGGAACUCUUCGCACGUUUAGCUGAAGAGCUUGAGAAGAGGGACAUGCCGUAUCCACAGAGCGGUCAUGAGAAGAAGGGGGCGGAACCAGUCCUCAUUGGCAAAGUUGACUAUGAUGAUGAAACACUGCCUUUGAAAGAGAAGACUGCGUUAUGAACAUUGAAGGGGCAUUUGGAGUUUUGAGGUUUGCCGUUUGGCUUAGUAAAUGCUCCUAGUGAUCAGCUUAUUAUAUGAAUAUUCAGUUGUUUUAAAAUGAAACAGCAAGGUGUAUUUUACAUUCGUGAUGGUAAUUUAAUUGUUAAUACGGUCGAUUUUACAAAGACGGUAACCUUUAACCUUCUGAACGCCAAGUACACUAAAGUCGUCGUUACUAGUCGUGCCCACAGCGCCAAGGACAACUAUGGGUGUUAUGACGGACGCUGUCAAAGUAACCUUCUCACUUUCGAGUAAGGGCUGAUUUAAUUGUAAUAAAUAAAAAAUAAUAACAAUAAAAUAAAAAAAAGAUGGCGCGUGAACUCGUAUGCUAUUUUACUUCUAGUUUAAUUGAGGAGUAUUGAUUACAUCCAGCCGACCAACCAAAUACCGCAAUUUAAUGAAGUUCGCAUGCGAGUUGUCGCUCUGUCUAAACCUUUGUUACCUUGGCGUAUAAGUAUCGUUUUUGUUCAACACGUAUUUAAAGCGUUGAAAAGGUUAAAGAUGUUUGUGAACUCUGUACUUGUCACUUGUCAUCCUUACAUAAUAUUGAACUGUAUUCAAAAUGAAUAUUAUGUGUCUGCCAAUUUUAUGGCGUGAAACCAAAUAAUACAAUAAAUCGAAAUUAUGUUAUGAGAUUUGCUAAUUGUUUCGUUUGUUAAUUGUAAGAAUUUUGGAAUGCAUUUAGAAAACUAUGACAUUGUAGGAAUAAGUAUUAAUUAAGAUUAAGAGGAAAGAUACUAUUUUAAUGAUUUACUCAUUCGACUCUUGCCAGUGACAUAAUAGGUAUUUAUAUUCAUAAAUUUAGUAUUAAAAAAUAAUAUUUUAAUCAUUAAGUUUUCAGCAAGCAAGUCUAGAGGCAAACAAAGCUCAAAUUAUUUUGUCAAAUAAGUACUCGAAAAUUGUAAUUUCAUUGAAAAACACUGCAAUAGAAUGAAGACAGUAUAGGUAUUAAAAUAUACACAUAAUUUUAUACUUCAUUUAAAUUAAGUCCAAGUUUACUGUCGUUUGUGAAUUUAUGAAUAUAUUUUAUUUAUCGUUAAA